AUGUUGACUUCCGUCAAAAUUCUGACUUUCCUGGCGUUUUGUGUCGUCGCGGGUGAAGCUAUUAGCAGAAUAAGUGGUGAGUUUUUUAGAUUUUGAUGUCAAAAUGUACUUUUUUGAUGAUAGGAUCAUUAAAAAGAUAUUGAUUGGAAUUUUUUAGUGAAAGUCGAUGGAAAGUACACCGUCAGCCAUUACGACGAGGAAGCGCUCAAUGGUUUUAAAUUUACCUUUUUUGGAAUAUUGGAUAGUUUUUUUUCGUGUGCUUCUGCUAGCUUUUCACCAAUCACUCUGGAUUUUUUUUUUUUGAGUUUUCGCGCAAGUAGCUUCACAGUCGGGUGCGCUUUUCCAAAGCUGCAAAAUUUACCUUUUUUGGAAUUUUGAAAAGUUUUUUUUCCUGUGCUUCUGCUAGCUUCAUACGAAUCAUUUUGGAUUUUUUUUUUGGUUUUUCGCGCAAGUAGUUUCAAAGUCGGGCGCACUAUUCCAAAGCGGCUUAUCAUACUUCUUGUAAAGAUAGUUACACUUUUCCAGAAAGACGCCGGGAAAGUAUCAGAGCAUUGAAACAGGCCGGCGUUUCCCAAUUCGCUCUCGACUCCUUGGAAGGAUUCGGCAGAAGAUUCCAAGUAAAUCCAACUUUUUCCCAUCCCUCUAAAAAUCAUCUAACCUCAGGACCUUUACAAAGAAAACCCCAACCUAACUGAGGCCGAAUAUUUCGCCAAGUUCGGUGAAUCGUACUUUGGAGACCUGUUCGAGCUUGUCGGACAUUUCCCGCCAAAGGACAGGGUUAGUGGAUUUUUUGAUCCUUUGUAUUGAAUGAUAAUUUCAGUUGAAAAUCGGCCGAGCCUUCGGAAAACAUCGGAUCAGAUUGGCUCAAGAGUCCACAAACACGAGAUCAAAACCUGCAGGCCGUUGA